GGCAUAACGUGGAUGCUGCUCGCCAUCUCUUUCGUCUGCCUUAUCGCUCGCCUGAUCAUCCGGUCGAAAACAUUCUCCAAACUCUCCUGGGAUGAUGCAUUAGUCGUUUUCGCGUGGUUCAUGUCCCUCGGCACUGCCAUCACCAUGAAAUUGACGUCGAAGUUCAUGUAUCAACUAGAAUACGUGCGAGUCGGGAUUCUCUGGCCGCCACCAACAUCGUUCAUGAGCGAUACCGAGAAAUACUUCAAGGGCACUAUUGCCCAAGGUGUGCUGUUUUACACGGGGCUUUGGGCGGUGAAGUUCGCGUUUCUCAUCUUCUUCUGGAGGCUCGUAAAUAAAGUCCAGAGUCUGAGGGUGUACUGGUAUGCCGUGCUUGCUUUCACCGUAUUGAGUUAUGCUGCAGUUUUUGCGGCGACAGAUUGGAGAUGUAUCGCUAGCCCAGUACACGUAAUCUUCGAGAGGUGCGGGACAUCGAGUGCGGGGAGGAGGAUGAAAUUUCAGAUGUGGUUUACUGCGGCGGUAGAUGUUGCUAGCGAUGUUUCAAUCUUGACAAUUCCCUUCGUCCUGCUCUGGCAAGUCAGUCUCCCAGCACGCAAACGACUCGCGCUCGGAGGUAUUUUCUCCCUAGUGGUCGUCACCAUGGCUGUCGCACUCUUAAGGGCAUCCUUCAUCACUGCGUACAGAGGGCAGCCAGACAACUCGCGAACGACACUCUGGUCUUUCGUCGAGCAGAGCAUUGCCAUCAUUAUCGUAUGCCUUGGUUCAUUCCGCACUCUUUUCACCCAAGAACAACCUCAG